CUGUGAAUUUUGACAGCUCAGCUGCUUAUGUGCUGGUCAGUCAGUUGUCAAAAUCUUCACGGCAGUAAAAAGAAUUCAAUUCAGCACCAGCACCAAAGAUUGUUUGCUUUGUGCUAUUUCGGCGAAGAUUUUUCGAUUUUCCAUCGAUUUUUACUCACAAUGUUGACCAAUCAAAUUCAGCAGGCCGCUCGUAUGUUGGGAGCUCAGGCUCGCCGUAAUUACGGCGUUACUGCCGUCAUGCUCUCGAAAGCUACCGACCCGAUCCAGCAGCUUUUCGUCAACAAACUGCGUGAAUAUGCCAACAAAAGCAAGAGCGCCGGUGGCAAAUUGGUUGAUCCAUCACCGGAAAUUGAACGCGAACUGAAGCAGGAACUGGAAAAGUUAGCCAAGCAGUACGGAGGAACCGGCGGGGCCGAUAUGACCGCUUUUCCUAGCUUUAAAUUCGAUGAACCCAAACUUGGACCGGUCAGUUCUUCGAGUAGUUAAAUUUUCUCUAUCCAGUCAGUGAAAAUCGAAAAGUUUUGUGGAAUAAAACGUUAGCCUCUCGGAAUCACCA